CUGACAAAAUCGGAGAUUUGACAAAACGACACAUCUUUUUGGUUACAAAAAUGAUUUUUUGUGAUGUUUAUUAUACAAAAGUACAAAGGGAAUAAAUCACAAAAGCUUAUUGUUCAAUGUAACAUUGGCUAAGAUGCACCGGUAUUGAGAAAACAAUGAACGAUUGCGCGGCGGAAUGCAGCGAAGCUUUAGAUCCUCGAGUACAGAUAGAGCUAGAGCGUCUAAACACAGCAACAGAUGAGAUAAACCGUCUCGAAGUAGAGUUGGAUGAGGCGCGACUCGCGUUCCGAAGGCUGCUGGCCGAGGGACACCUGCGCAUCCAGCAGCUCACGAAGAAGCUCGGGACUAGUGUGCACAAAGCAAGGCCGUAUUAUGAAGCCAGGUUUAGAGCUAAUAUUACUUCCCAAGAGCUUCAGGCGGCGACGGUGACGUACGACAAGGCGAACAGCGCGCACGCUGCGGCACGAGAGAUGGUCUACCUGGCGGAGCAGGGCCUGGCGCGGCUGGCCGAGGGAGCGGACGGAGGGGUCACACUCGACCCGGCCUGGCAAGAGAUGCUCAACCACGCCACGCAUAGGGUCAACCAGGCGGAGUCGGAUCGAGCUCACGCCACGGUGACGCAGCGGACCAAGGCAGCGUCGCAUAGAGCCGCCACGGCCCUGGUUCAACAAUUACAAAACUCGCUCAAAAGGCACAUAGCCAAGUCCAGACCAUAUUUCGAGGAGAAGGCGCGCAUCAACACAGCUCUUGAAGCUCAGAAGGCCAGGAUCCAGACGCUGGAGGAGCAGGUGGCUGAGGCCAAGCAGCAGUACUCUUCGGCGUUGAGGAACUUGGAGAGGAUAUCUGAUGAGAUCCACCGGCAUCGGUCUAGGAGGCAGUCGGCUCGGAAUGACGUAGACCAGUCAACAAUAACGGACACGGCGAGCGACACCAACACGACGGUGAGCGACAAACUGGAGGAGCUGUGCGAGUCCAGCUCGGAGGCGAACGUGCGCGAGUGGCUCCGGCGCAGUGCGGAUGCGCGCGCGCCGCAGGACGCCGACACCUGGACCGAGAUAGACCUGGACACGUCUAGCCCGGAGGAGGUGAGCUUCGAGAAAUGCUGCCUCAGACCGCGUUCUACCCCAGAGAAGCUGUCACCCCCAAGUCCUCAGGAGUCGAAAGUGUCCGCAGCGUCUCCGCGUCGCAUCAUCAGGACGGCGGAGAGGAAUGCGUGUAUCCGCGCUGAAUUAGAAAAAGGUCGCCGCCAGAGUUUGGACGCUCUGCUGCAUGAUACUGGGGAGAAGGUCAAGGAGAUGUUUCAAGGGCUGUCGCUGUUCGGCGAGCGGCGCGGGUCGAUGUCUGCGCCGCGCACGCCGCGCCGCGCCGCCUCCCCGCGCGCGCGCCGCUCGCCGCGCUCGCCGGCGCGCACCGACGGCUCCUCCGCCUCCGACGAGCGCUACUCCGACACCGACAGCCUCGCCAGCGUGGAGAUGCUGACAGACGAUCAGAUAGCGUCGCUGAUGCUGGACGCGCAGCUGGAGGCGGUGUGCGAGCGCCUCGCCGGCGUCGCCGUGCGCCGCUCGCCCGACGGACGGUACUAACCGGUGAGGCGCGGGGGGACGUGCACGGCAUAGUCGCCCUACUGCACCUGACGAUGUUGUUAAUAGAUAGAGAAGAGCAAAGGUAACGACAAAUAGUUGUAGUAAAUUAAGAAUUGCUUUAGUAACAAUAGUACAUGAUCAGUACAUUCCGAGGAGUAGCGUUAUUUUCACAAAGUUAUGGGAUUGGUGCGACUUUUUGUCGCACGAAUUUGAAACAUAUAUUACAUCAACAAAUGUUGAAUGAAUAAAAAGAGCCAACGGUACCUAAUCGCACGUCCUUACAUUUGAAGUAAUCAAAUGUCUUCAUAGGACAAUAACGUUCAGGCAUUUCAAUUAUAAAAGUGGAUUGUCUAUCAAAUUGCUUUAUUAAAAUUCGUGCAUAUACUUACCUUACAUUUGGUAAGUUAGAAUUUUAUAAAAAUGCCCUGUGUUGAAGUUAGUCUAGGGAUUUCUAUCGAAAGUUUAUGUGGCAGUGCGAUUAAAAAUCGCACGACAAAGAGUCGUCAUUUUGAGUUCCCAAUCACAAAACUAGUCGAUAAUAAAAUAUUUGCCUACACGCAUAAUAUAAGUACAUUGCCUAGUGAAUCGUAAGAAAUAUUUCGUCGAAUAAGGUUUAAUUAAAAAGUAUAAAGCGAUCAAAACAAUAAAAAGUAAUCAUUGCAUUCUCAUAAAAAAUAUCAUAAUAUUAAAGCAUAAUGCUAAAAAUUAAAUUUGUUCAAAUCUCCAAAAAUGAAAGGGAAAUAGGAAAAUAAAAUAGGUCUAACAGGACGUCUUUGGACGUCUUUUAAUACACAUGAAUUCAAAUAGAAAUAGUACAAUGUCAAUUUUAAUGGUGCGUAGAGUCCAUACUUAUUAGGAUUUUUAUCCUAAUAUAGCUCUUAAUACAAACCAUUUACUUAAUAUUUGACAUUCUCCCUCCCCUAUCUUCCCUUUUAAAUAUUCUUAAGCACAAACUCUUUAAAAUCUAUUGGCGGUACUAUACAUAAAUCUCGAUUGGUUUAAAAAGUGGAAUUCGUGGUAUUAUAGACAGUAUAAUGGAAGAAUAUCGUCGAACUACAGAUUUAAUCAACGAGAAAGUUCUGACGUCUAAUAACGUCGUUAACAUCUAGCUUACGUCUAAAGACGUUGAUAGCUUUUAUUAAAAAAAUCAUCUGUAAUGCUUUCGUAAUUUCUCAAAUAUACUACCAUUCCACUGAUUUCAAGACGAACUACGAGCAAAAGCUAGUAUAACGCUUAUAACAUUAAACUAAGUUUGUUGAGAUGUAGAUGUGUAGGUUGUUAGAAAAAAAAAUUACUAGCAUUAAGUGAAACGAUAAUAAACUGCACUGGAGUUUAUAAUGUGGCCAUCUCUAGGUUUGACUGAAGACUUGGUUUUUGGAAUGCUGGUGCGACAGAGAAACAUGAGUAUUUGGGGGUGUCAGUUUUAAGAAAUAUCAGGUUGAGAUUUUUUUAUUGUUAUCAAUUGCUCUAUGGAAUGCUGGUGCGACAGAGAAACGAGACUAUUUUCAGUUGUCAGUUUUAAUAAAAAUCGGGCACUUGAUUUUUGCAAUUUGCAAGAUAAUGGAAUGGUUGAGAUUUUUUUUUAUUCUUUUCAACUUGAGUUUUACUUAUCUGAUUCCUCGAAAGCAUAAUAAUAAAAUGUAAGGAACUUAAAAAUGUCUACACUAAAGUUCAAAAGUAACUAAUGCAGAUACAAUAAAUCCACAGCAAAAUGAAAAUAGAAUAACUAAUAGAGUAACUUAGCAAUAAAAAGCAAUAAUAGAUUAAUAAAUAGAUAUUAAUAGUAAAUAAGUAAUGUUAAAGAUCUCCAUAUUUGUUCCAAUAUCCGUCGACCUAUUUUAACAGUAACUAAUUAUUUGGCUUAAAAUAUAAAUAUCCAGAGCAGAAUUAUUAAGUGUUGCCACAUUAAAAACUCCAGUGAACAAGUUAUACUGUAGUUAGACAGAAUGCCUAAAAUCACUUGCCUAUAUAAAUUAUAUUUAAUAUAUUCUAGAAUAAUAGAUCUGAUUGUUGUACGAGUUGUGAAAAAUCUUUAUUAUUUUAAGAAUAUUUCGUGCAUUAAAAAAAAUAACAGGAGUGAAUAAAAUUCAUUUUGCUUUAUUGUCUGUCGUUAUAAUAUUGAUCUAUUGAUCCAAAGAUAGUAAUCAAGUUAUAAAAAUAACAUAUGCAUAUUGUAAUGUUUUCAUCUUUUUUGUAAACCGUUUUAACUAUCUUGCGUUGUUUUAUCUUACUAAUGCGAAUAUUUUUAAAAAUGUUCGGAUGUUUGCUAUGAGUAAACGCAAAAACAACUGAACGAAUUUGAAUGAAAAUAGAGACACGGGUAGAAAAUGUCAUAGAUUAACACACAGGCUACCUUUCAUCCAGAUAAUUUGCACCAUUGACAAAAAUAUUUAAAUACAUAGCGCUGGGGUCGUACGGUGUUUUAGGAACUUUUUGUAGCGAAAAAUGCAUUUCAUACGAGCGACGCCGCGAGCAUCACUAAGUUUUUUUUUUUACUAAGAAUAUCAGUUAAACAAGUUCUCGUCUCAAUUUCGGUAUGUAAAGUACAAAUGUGUGCCAUGUUUGAUACAUCACGCUGUGAUAUUUAAUACCGCGAUAUAAUUUGUUAAGCAAAGGACUUAUGACAGAGACAGGCGGCUUUUUAUUUUGUACAAAUUUGACUCAUUACCAUAUUGCUACAAACCUAAAAGCUCAACAUCCAAUCUGUAAAAGCCAAAGGCUGAUUACAGAUAAAAAAAUAAAACAUAAAUUGUUCUAUUAUAAUGAAAAUAGACGGAUUUUGGAAGGAUUCCGCCUGAUUCGUUUUUUUGUCAACUGUAUUAAUUGAAUAUGUGAUUUUACAUUUAUAAUAAGUUUCAUUUUAUAUCGUCAAAGUAGUAAUUUUUAGAUAGUUUUUUUUGCUUUUAUGGACUUGUCGAUAUUUUAGUAAUAACAGAAUAAUACGUUUAUUAAACAUAUUUUUAUAACUAUAACAAAGAUUUUUGUUUAUGUCAAUAUUUAAUUAGUGAAAAAAACCUAAUUUCGACAACUAUAAGUAUAUCAAACGAUUUUUUAGCUUAGUUUCACAUAUCCUUGCCCAUAAGUAUGCCACAAACACCAUAGUCAUUUUGUUUCUCGAUAUCUCAGACCGAACUCGGAAUUUUUCGUCUCGAAAAAUCGAGACUAGAAAUACAAUACUCCGGCGUUUUAUUGAAUAAAAGUAUGAGACGUACAAGCCACUUUCUUGAUGGUUAUAAUGCCCAAUAAUAACUAUAUUAUCGAUUGCUAUCAAUAUUUUUACUUAAAAGUUUAACGAAUUGUACGGAAUGUUUUUAACAAAUAUGAUUUUUCACACUCGCACACGUUUAAUAUAAGUAUAAAUGUGCAUUUUAUAUUAAUUUUGAUACUGCAGUAUUAUUUUAAGUUACGACAUAUUAUUUUUGUAUAUAUCAGCCAUUUUGUGUGCACAGUCAUCAUGAAUAAAAAAAUACCUAAUAAAAAUAAAAAAAAAAAAUCAGUAGAAAAAUUCUAUUAAAUAAGCAAAUAAACAGUUCGACCUUUGUGAAUUUUACAAAUCGAUACGAUGGCGGAAGACACCUGAUUCAAGCGUUUCUGUUUAUUUCAAUAUUUAAUUGUAUUCGUAUUUGAAAAUAGCGAAAGGUUUUGCGUCUUGAACUUUUUUUAAAAAAAUACUAAUGCAAUUAGCUUUUCAACAGACGAAUAUAAAGGAACACGAAUAUGACGAAUAUAUAGUGACCGUUAUUAUAUGUAUACCUGGACCUUCCUGAUCGUCCGCCCAAUCCCAGUGAAAUUUCGAGUAAUAUAAAAAAUCAAUUCGAAAAAGAAAAUUGUUUUGAUGACUGUACAUAACCCGCCAAGUGUACAUAUAAGUUAAUAUAGUUUUACUCAUAAAAAAAUAAUAAUCUUGCUCUCUAAUUUUAUAAUAUAUAAAUAUUCAUUUAAAUAAUAUCCCACACAUUUUGUUUGUAUAAUUAUUUCGCAAUCCACUGAUUUUUAACGACGGCAACUUUGGCUAAAAAAUAUUAAUAAAUGGCAACUCUGUUGUUUUUGUAUGCAAUUUAAAUUAUUUCGCAUUAUACAUGAUGGUGUACGUAAUUAUUAUUUAAGUCUUCCAAUGCGUUUGUUGAUCCUGUUGUGUGUUUUGAAAUUUUAUUUACAUGUCGACUCGGCAUUGUACAUUGUGAGAGGGUCGGACACGAAUUACGUAAAGGAAAGUUUGAAUGGAUCUCAUGUGUCGAAUAGGUUUCGCUGGCACAGAUGACACUUGUUGUUUACACUGUUUUCAAGGUUUUUUCUAUUUGAGACUAACGCCAAUUUUAUUUGGAAAAAAGUCGAAAUAUAGGUCAUAUUUUUUGUCCUUACAUAAACCUUUUUAAACGUGAAACGGUGCAGAUAUAUUCACCAUACCAUAUUAUUGUGAAGUUAUUUUCCAUUUGAGGAUAAUUUACGCAAACUUUGAUUAGAAAAAUGUUCGUUACGUCGAAAAUUUAUGACUAUCAUUCUCAGUUCCCACUUUUAAUCUCAAGAUCAUGUAGAUAUAUUCAACUUAAUCAUUCAGAUGUCGACUGUUGACGUAAUUUGUAACCGACUCUCAUUCGAAAUUGUUAUAAAUUUUAGAAAUAUAGCGGGUGUUGUAAUUGUGUAAAAUUUUUUAAUGUAAAAUCAAUUAGAGGUAAAGUAUUCAUUAUAAAAAAGGGGUGUAAAUAGGCUUUGUAAUGAGUUUCAAUGGCACAGGCAAUGAGGUAACUACAAAAGGAAUAUAUAGCUGCGAUACUCACAAAUGUGCUGUCAGCCGCAUAAGUAGAUGAAUAAAUACAAAAUUGCUAAUCGCGUUCAAUAUUUUCUGUCCGUUUCAAUAAUCGAUUUUCUUUAGUACAAUAUUUUUUAUAAUAUAAACUUUAUUUUAUAUUAAGAUAUAUUAUUGAAAUUAAUAACUAGCAGUGUUUUGAAGUAUUUAAUGUGUUCACUUACUUUAUGGCUGACUGUACAUUAUAAUUAAAUAUGUAAUUAUUAUUUUUACAAACAUAUUCACGCUUUUUUCCCCGAUGGGGUAGGCAAAGGCGCAACUAAUGUAUUAAUUUUUCGCCUUGUAUAUUUCGUCUCAUACUCUGAUGGGUCGAGCCUAUCGCCAUAUAAAAACCGGGACUUCAAAACUACAAACACACCGAAAUACAACUACGCCACUAACGCAGUAAUCAAACAAUCAUUAAAAUAUUUUACACUGCAUACCACCUUGUAUAAAUUGUCCUAGUGAAUAGAAUGCGUAUAGCUUGACUCGCACAAAACGUUUGUCAUGUAUAUUUCGUUAUAUACAUUUGCCGGCUAGCCAAUGGAACAUGUGUUUAAAUAUGCCGUGAAAAAUUUAUACAAUAUUUUUAUCUCUUUGGUCUAUUUAGUUUAAUACAAUUAUUUAUAAAAAUAUAUAAUUAUGUUUUAUAUAAUAUUUUUUUCUGUAUCACGUCAACAAAAUAAUUUAUUUUUGAGCUUUUUCAAGAGUUAUAAUGAAAGGUGUUCGUGAGGUUUACCAAAAAAAAUUGGUAUCUAUAAAAAUAUAAUGUGAUAUGUAACGGCAUAUUUAAUCAUUUUCUCCCUUUAUAAUUGUUAUUGGUAGUUACAUAUUAACUAUUAACAUUGGAUGGUUUAACGUUAACAAAUAACUUUUUACAUUAACACAAUUAAAGUAUUCUAAUAACGUUAAGGUUUAAAAGUGGAAUCCAAAAACAAAUAGAUGCAUAUAUAUGAUCGUAAAGAUCGAAACGCUGCCAAUGAGCCUCUGAAUAAGGCAGUUAUUGAUAAAAACGUACACAUUCGUCUAAUGAUGGAUUUAUGUGCCAGUUUUUGUUGAAAUUCAUCAUCUUAGCAUUCAUAUCCCAGCUUUUUUAGCCGUCACAAUUACCCUUAGAAAAAGUAAAUACAUUCGCUAUAUUUUUUACGCUAUAUUAUAAUUAAAUAUAAUGACAUUUGCAAAUCACUAUGUGAGUGUUGCAUCGAUUGUUACCCUAUAUUGUGUGUGGCAGAGUUUAAAAUAUUGUGAAGCAUUAUCAGUAUUCAAAAAUUACUGCUUUAUUGAUUUUUUGUUCUGUGAAUAAUGGAUUGAUCUAAAAUACUCAUUAAAUAUAUUUUUAUUUUAUAAUUUAUGAGCAUAAUAUACAUUUUUAUUGUAAAAUAUUUUCGCAUACAACAUACAGAUUUUUUUUUAUACAGCCCUACUUUAAGUAUUUAAUUUUUAAUAAAAUACCAAUACUCAUAGUUUAAAAAUGAUUUGUCUCAUUUCUCUGCCGUUAAAUAUCAAAAUGAAAAGAGUAGAUAUAAAAAAAUUGUAAAACUUUUGUUAAUAUGAUGGUGAAGAACUGCAAUAGUUCUACAAUCAAUUUGCAGGAAAAUCGUAUGUAACCCUCGUGCGGUGUUGGUGCGUCCGGCGAUAGCUUUAAAACGAUAUUAUUUCGCUGUAUGUGAUAUUAAAUCUGUACAAACGUUAGUUACAUUGUGAUAUGCGUAUGUUUAGCUCCUGGAUAAAUACUGAUCAAGUUUUUGCUGAUUGACAGUCGCAUUUGGAGAAAAAAGUUUGACAGGUUGAUGAGAAAAUUGUGAAAUAGGCUUAUCAGUGAAGAAUAGAGUUGGAGAUAGUGAUUUUCAGUCAGUAGUUUGGUCAGUAUUGUGUGAGGGCUCAUUGUGUACAUAUGUGUUGAUAACUCGCCUUCAAAUAAAUAUAUGAUAAUUAA